GCCGGUAAGCUGACAAGAUCGAAGUUCGAACAGACCGUGGCCGCUCUCGAGUUUUUCUCGCCAGGCCUGAAAGAUGCUCAUGUCAUGGGGCCCACGGCAGCAAUACGACGCUUUGUGCUGCGAUUGGGGGCAAAUGUGGGAACGAAGGUGCAGCGCGAACAAGUGACGUUUCUGGACUGGGACAAAGAUGUGGACAUUUCAAAGCUGUUUUUGCGCUUAUUGCGAGCAACUCCGGGCGAAGAGCGGUUGACCAUUCAAGGUCUGGACCCCACCGUCACUCGCCGUUUGGGAAGGUGGCAAUCUGAGACGAGUUUUCAAGUGUACAUUGAUGUUGUCACUGCGCUUGAGGUGGAAGUCACAUACUGUGCACGAGCUCUGGACUCUGACAUCCGGCAGGCGGUGGAGCAACUUCGGAAGCAUUUCCCACUAGGUUGCUUCAACUUUGAGUCGGAUGAGUCCACCACGCCAGGGUACAAGCAUGCAGUAUCGCGACGAGCAUUCCCCAUCUCCAUCCAGACCACAUCCUUCGCGCAGCGACGAGUCUCGACACAGAGUUUCAACGCCUCCGCCCACGGCUCAUCUUCAACAUCCCGCCUCACCAGAAGCCCGACCUCGCUGGGAC